AUGAUAGCUGUUGUAGCCCUGGUCGUCUUUUCUGCGGUUGCUGCCAAACUGGCUCUUCGGACAUAUCGCAUACACAUGCAUCCUUUGAAAUCUUUCAAGGGCCGUCCGGAGGCAUGUGUAUCGGAGAACUGGCUUUACAAGGUUACGAAGGACGGUACUGCCGAACAGACGUUCGAAUCUCUUCACCAAAAGUUCAACACAAAGGCGCUCCGAAUUGGACCGAAUGAGCUUCAUAUCACUGAUAUUGAGCUUUACAAAGUGAUCUAUAAUCAGUCUAAGCCAUUUCUCAAGCAUGCUCCGUUUUAUAAUGGAUUCAAUACACCCCAUACUGUUUUCGCUGAACUCGACCCUCGUUUGCAUAAGGAGCGCCGUCGCAUGCUGAACCCUUUGUUCUCAAAAGUUGGAGUUUACAGGUUAGAACCGCUCAUUCAAGAGAAGAUAUACCUUCUGUCGUCCAAAAUCAGUCGACUGUGUGGUUCCAAGGAGAUUGAUGUUCACAACGCAGUUCGUCUCCUGACGACAGAUAUCAUCACGGAGUUCGCCUUCGCCAAAUCGGCUAACCUCAUCGAGGAGAAGAGUAAUGACCUGGAUUCAUGGUUCCUUGACGCUUUCGAUGUUGCCUCCCAAAGUGUGGUGGAUUUACAGUAUAAUGCGCUGCUCCGCCAACUCGUGAAAGUACUUCCGAUUAGUGCUGUCGAGUUUUUGAGUCCCAAACUUGGCUCUAUCCUUAACCUUCAGAAGUACGCAGAAAGUUGCAUGCGACACUGGCAGAAGUCCUCAGGGGGCUCCAAGUAUCCUGUUAUUUUCGAUAGCCUGCAGUCAAUCUCAGACGAUGCUAAGGUUUCUGAGGCCAUGGACAUUCUCAUCGCCGGUGCCGAUACCACGGCUUCAACGCUUACAACUGGAUUCUAUCACAUCCUUUCCAAUCCAAAGAUCAAAGAGCGUCUGGUGCAGGCAAUCGACGAGGCGAUGCCAGAAGCGGGGAAGUUUAUCCCUCUCCAAUCCCUGGAGAAGGUGGAAUACUUGACGGCAUGUGUCAAGGAAUCAAUCAGGGUUGGCAUGGCGGUACCUGGUCGUCUACCCCGUGUUGUUCCCGCUGGGGACCCAUUCAUUGUUGAGGGGAAAGUUGUGCCACCGGGUACUAUCGUUAGCAUGUCAGCGUACACCAUGCACAAUUCCGUGGAUGCCUGGGGGCCCGACGCCCGCCAGUUCAACCCUGACCGUUGGAUCGGGCCCGCAUCCAAAGGGUUGGAGCAAUGGUUAAGCACAUUUUCAAAGGGUGCACGUAUGUGUCUAGGACAAAAUGUUGCACCAGCAGAGAUAACACUCACAUUUGCCUACAUUUUCCGCAAUUAUGAGCUGAGCCUUCGUAAGGGUCAUGGCGCGCCCAAGGCUCUUGAUCGCUUUACCCUACAGUACGAAAAGCCUGGCUUGCCUGUGGUGUUCAGACCUCGCCAAUAA